AUGGCGACACCUGCCUUUGGAGCGCAGGCGUCUACUGAAGCCGAACCUAACAACGCCGCACUUUUUGAGUCUCGAAGACGACAGACAAUCAGCGGCUCACAGAUCCUUGACAAUAUUGUGUCUUUCUCCAAUUUCGAUCGAGACGAGGUGGACCGAUUACGGAAAAGAUUCAUGAAACUGGACAAGGACAACAGUGGAACAAUCGAAAGAGAGGAAUUUCUCUCGUUACCCCAAGUCUCUUCGAAUCCUCUGGCCACAAGAAUGAUAGCGAUAUUCGACGAAGAUGGCGGAGGGGACGUCGACUUCCAGGAAUUUGUUCUCGGGCUGUCUGCCUUCUCGGCCAAAGGACACAAGGAGGAGAAGCUGAAGUUUGCGUUCAAGGUGUACGACAUUGAUCGCGAUGGCUACAUCUCCAACGGCGAGCUGUUCAUCGUGCUCAAGAUGAUGGUGGGAAGCAACCUGAAGGACCAGCAGCUGCAACAAAUCGUGGACAAGACCAUCAUGGAAGCCGACAAGGAUGGCGAUGGCAAGAUCAGCUUCGAAGAGUUCACACAAAUGGUCGAGAACACCGAUGUGAGCAUGAGCAUGACACUAGACCAAUUCUGA